AUGGCUUCAUAUGAGGGUAGUCAUAAUGAGAGAAUUAAAUGGGAUGAUUCGAAUACUCGUGUCUUGGUUGAGAUAUGUGUUGCUGUUAUGAAAGCUGCUAAGCGAGUCCCUGGCAGUCGUAUACCAAAACUGGAAUGGGAAGAACUUGUGGUCCAAUUCAAUGCUAAAACAGGACAUAAUUAUCAAAAACAAUCAUUAAAGAAUAAAUGGGAUUUGCUUAGAAAAGACUGGACAUUAUGGGUAAAGAUGACUACCCAGGAUACGGGUGUUGGGUGGGAUGCUGUUACUGGCACUAUAAAUGCAAGCGACGAAUGGUGGGAAGAGAAAAUUAAGGAGAACAAGGAAUAUGCCAAGUUCCGUAAACAUGGCUUCAAGAAUAAGGCAGACCUUGAAUUAUGUUUUACUAGAACAUAUGCUACUGGUUCAGCGAGAUUGGCACCGUCUAGUGGAUACAUACCAACUCCAAAAUACCAUUGUAGUGAUGGUAAUCAGAGUACCCAACCUGACAAUGAUUUGGAUACUUGGUUUGGAGAAGGAUAUGUGCCUGAGCUACCCAACACAUCCAAAGAUUCACCCUACCCAUACACUGAUCCAUCCAAUGAAGUACACCUUGGAGAAUCACUUGAAAAAGUUAUUAAGGAUGAUGAUAUUUCUUCUGCAAGUUCACCUUCUAAGGGUGUGCCGGUGACACCAUCUCACACAUUGGGAUCAUUGGGAAACAGAUCAUUCGAGGGUUCAGUUAGCAAGAACUCAAGUAAGAAGUGA